UCUCUUCCCUAGAAAAAAAAAAGCUGUUUGCUUGAGAAAGAGCAUUUGAUUUUCCAACUGAAUUUGAAUUCAGAAAAAAAAAAUCUUAAAACUUUCACUACUUGCUUAACCACUUUUGAUUCUCACCUCAUACAACUUUUUCCGUCUUUGAUCAACCUCGAUUCUCAGAGGGGCAAUCUUGGGUUCGUAAAUUCUGAAAUUCCGUCAAGGUUGUAUUAAACAGAAAACUUUUUGACACGACGGUAACGACUUGUCGUUUAUGGAAGUUGCCACGUGCUGAAAACGACGGUAAUGGAAGUUAGGAUUGGUUCUUCAGUGAAAUUGACUUUGGUCUUAAGGUUCUCAAGCAUAGAAAAUUGAUAUCUAUUGUUUAUUUACAAUGCCUUUAGGCUCUAAUACUGGGUCGGUGAAAGUUGAGUUUGCUGCGAAUCAGAAUGCACUUUCGACUAGUGACAUCCGUGAAAGGGCUUUGAAACCUGAGGAUAAAGAGGAGGAGGAGGAAGAGGAGGAGGAGGAGGAGGAGGAGGAGGAAGAUAUAGACUUUAAUCCUCUUUUUUUAAAGGAAACACUUUCAGAAGCUUCAUCAAGUUUGAGUUCUGAAGGUGAUGGUUUGGAUGGUAAUGUUGUCGAUAGUAGGCCAUCUGUGGGUAUAGAGUUGGCAGAGGUUACAACUAAGGAGCAAAUUUGUAGCGCAGUAGAUUCUGAACAUGGUGAGGAGGAAAUUAUUUUACAACCGUCGGGUAUGAUCUCUCAAUCGGAGACUGAUAAAGAGAAGAACAAUGACUUGACUAGGGAUACUAGUAAUGGUUUUAGGACAGGAGAAAUAGGCAACACAGUAAAAUCUCGAAGCACUAUAAUAGAUGUAGAUAAUGAGGAUGCUAUCUGUAUGCGAACCAGAGCUCGUUAUUCACUUGAAGGUUUUAGUCUUGAUGAGCUUGAGACCUUUCUUCAAGAGAACGAUGAUGAAGAUGAUCUUCAAAAUGCCGAUGAUGAAGAAGAGUAUAAAAAGUUUCUAGCAGCUGUGUUAAAGGGUGGAGAAGGUGAUGGUCUUUCAUCUCAUGAAAAUGAAAACCCAGAUGAUGAUGAUGAGGAUAAUGAUGCGGACUUUGAGUUAGAGCUUGAAGAGUUGCUGGAGAGUGAUGGUGAUGAGAAUGCAGUGGUAACAGUUCGGAACGAGUAUGAUGGAGCUGGACGACGACCAGAGACUAGGCAAAAUAAGCGUCGAAAGACCUCUGCCCAAAGUGAUGGAAAUACAUUAGGAGAGGUUAGGAGGCCAUUGCGCCCCAUUUUGCCUAGUUGGAUUAAUGGACACCUAGCUUCAGGGAAUGGUUUGAUAACUGAAGCUACUCCCAGCUUUCAAUCUUCUGCUUCAGGAAAUGGUCUUGUUAAUGGCUUUACUCCCCAGCAGAUUGCUCAGUUGCACUGUUUGAUACACGAGCAUGUGCAACUUCUUGUUCAGAUAUUUUCUCUGUCGGUUCUUGAACCUACCCACAAACAGGUAGCUUCUCAAGUUCAGAGUUUGCUUUUUGAGAUGCUUCACAAACGGGAUGAAGUAUUAGCUUCAAAGAGAACACCAUAUCCCGCUGUUUGCUUUACUCCAUAUUUUUCCUGUGCAUCUGUAUCCAAUGGGAAGUCCAAAUUCGUCCCAGGCCAGUGCAACAUAGAAUCUGCUUCUGAAGGUUUGAAUGGGCAAAUAAGUUGUUUUCAAGAUACUGAGGGUUCUUUCUGGUUUCCUUUUGUAAGAGGCCCUGUUCUAUCUAUUUUAGACGUUGCUCCUCUUAAUUUACUAAGAAGAUAUGUAGAUGACAUUAAUUCUGCCGCACAAGAGUUUCGAAAGCGAUUCAUUGAAUCUGGUUAUGAUUUAGCUAUUGAAAAGGAACCUCUAUUUCCUUUUUCUUCAUCUGUUGCUGGAGCCAACAAUGAAGUUUCAAGUGGAACCAUCUCUGGAGUAAAUAGUACAGUCUCAUCUUCACCUGGUAAAAAAAAACCCAGGAAAACAUUGGCUGCUAUGCUCGUUGAUAGUACCAAGAAGCAGUCAGUUGCUUUGGUACCAAAGAAAGUUGCAAACUUAACUCAAAGAUUUUUGGCCUUUUUUAAUCCAGCAUUAUUCCCUCAUAAGCCACCCCCAGCAGCAGUUGUAAAUAGGAUCCUUUUCACUGAUUCAGAGGAUGAAUUACUUGCCUUAGGGAUAAUGGAAUACAAUACAGAUUGGAAAGCAAUUCAACAAAGAUUUCUUCCCAGCAAGUCUAAGCAUCAGAUUUUUGUCAGGCAGAAAAAUCGUUGCUCUUCAAAGUCAUCAGAUAAUCCAAUAAAGGCAGUUCGAAGAAUGAAAACCUCCCCAUUGACUGCAGAGGAGAUAGCAUGCAUUCAUGAGGGACUCAAGCAUUAUAAAUCUGAUUGGAUGUCAGUAUGGCAAUAUAUUGUUCCACACAGAGAUCCAUUCUUGCUUCCACGCCAGUGGCGAGUAGCUCUUGGGACUCAAAAGUCUUACAAGUUAGAUGAAGGAAAAAAGGAGAAACGAAGAUUGUAUGAGUCACAAAAGAGAAAGUUGAAAGCUACUGCAACUGCAAUAGAAUGUUGGCAACCUAUUCCUGAUAAAGAGGAUUGUGAGGCUGAAAUUGCAGAUGGCAUGGAUUAUUCAGAUGUUCCUUAUGUCCACCAGGCAUUUCUGGCAGAUUGGAGACCAGACACAUCUACUCUUAAUUAUUCAGAACGCAUUUCCUCGACAUCUUUAGAAGUAAAUCUUGGUCAUGAUGCAAUUUCACAAGAUAUUCAGCUUUAUAGAGGAAUUAACAAUUAUGGCUUAAGUGGAAAUGUUCAACAUCAGAAUGGUAAUCAGCCUGCAUUUCCAUCUGCAUAUAAGCUUCCCCUGCUUUUUCACUCUACAUCAGGUUUUAGGAGUGGCAUGAAAGGUACUCCUAGUGCAACUAUUCCUAAAAACCCAGUUUUUGGUGCGACCUCUAGCUCCAAAUACUACUGUCGACCCUAUCGGGCUCGUAGGGCAAAUACUGCCCGCUUGGUGAAAUUAGCACCGGACUUGCCCCCUGUAAAUCUUCCUCCAUCUGUUCGUGUAGUUUCUGAGACUGCUUUUAAAGGUUUCCCGUGUGGAACAUCUAAGAAUUUUCCUCCUGGAGGUGGUGUCACUGAUGUUAGAAAAGAUAAUUCUGCGUCUCAAAUUCCUCAUGGUGAGAAAAUUGGAAUCGAUCAUCGUGCUGGUGCAAGAUCUAUGCCAAAAGACAGUGUCGUAGGUUCUCAAGUAGAAAGGUCUGAAACUGCUGAAGGCAGAUCUGUUGUGGCAGAGAAAGCCGCUCAUGCUGAUCUCCAAAUGCAUCCUCUCUUGUUCCAAGUCACUGAAGAGGGUCAGACACCUUAUUAUCCAUUUAAAUUUAGUUCUGGUCCUUCUAGUUCCUUCAGCUUCUUCUCAGGAAGACAGCCACAAUUAAAUCUGAGUCUGUUCAGUAGUUCACUGCAACAAGGGCACAUUGAUCGUGCUAACAAGUCCUUGAAGUCAAAGAAUUCCUCAUUAAGGUUAGGAGGCAUUGAUUUUCAUCCACUUUUGCAGAAAUCUAAUGAUACACAAGCACAAUCUGGUUCUGAUGAUAUUCAGGCCGAGUCAUUGGUUAAUAAUAGUGGUGUGCCUGAUACAACUGAUAGAUCUUCUGGCCUUAAUGACAAAUCCAAUGAACUUGACUUGGAUAUUCAUCUUUGUUCUGUAUCGGAAGGUGACAAAUCUAUGAAAAGUAGACAGCUAAAGGAACAUGAUCCUAUAGCAAGUUGUGAAACAGCAAUAAAUGCUCCAUAUUGUCAGCACGGUGGUAGAAAUCCUUCACCUAGCAGAUGCGAACUUGCUUCAAAUGACCCUUUAGUCGCUCCUGAAGAUAACAUUACCAGAUACGAUGUAGAUGAUGUUGGUGAUCAGUCACAUCCUGGGAUAGUGAUGGAGCAAGAAGAGUUAAGCGAUUCCGAAGAAGAAAUUGAAGAACAUGUAGAGUUUGAGUGUGAGGAGAUGGCUGAUUCUGAGGGAGAGGAUGGUUCAGGAUGUGAACAAACUCCCGAGGUUCAAAAUAAGUUUGAGUGCGAGGAGGUGUCUGAUUCUGAGGAAGAAGAUGGUUCAGGCUGUGAACAAGCUCCACAGGUUCAAAAUAAGGAGGUCCCAAUUUCUUUAGAAGAUGUUGUAAAGUAUGCUGCUUGUAUGAACAAACCGUAUGAACCAAGAGCCAAUUCUGAUAUUCAAGUUGAUUCUAGUCUCCCUACAAAUAAUGGUACACCAAAUAUGGCUUUGACUUGUAAGGGAAUGGAUGACAAAAGUUGUUCAUCAUGGCUAAGUUUAGACUCAAGUAGAUCAGAAAAUCCUAUAAUAUCAAAGGGUAUGCUUCAGCAGGUAACAACUGGUGAAGGUUCUGCAUCCAGAAACUCUACAAUUGGUAAAGCAGUUGCAGGGGAGGGACUUACCUUUGACAUUGUACAACAGCCAAGCCUAGAUCCUCAUACAACACGAAAUCCCAGGAAGCGUCGUAGAAAAUCGAAUGCAAAUACAGGAUUGACUGUUGAAAAAUCAAACCGUGAUGGUAAUGGUGAAGAUGGUUCAUUGAAAUUUUCUGGCAAGUCAAGUGUAAAUCAGAUUCAAUGUUAAUGAGUUCAGGACAUGAUGGUAAUGAUAAAGACUUUUGAUUGAUCCACCAUGCCACCAUCUAAAUUCUGAUCUAACUGGGAUUUUGUUGUUGUUGCUGUUGUUCAUCACCAUCUAAUAUUAUUGCAAUUGUUGGAUGUCAGUUAAUCGGAGGUUAGGUGCUACAGGAUAAAGAAAUGACAAUCACUUUUUCCCCUUCCCUUUGUCCUUCGAUGGGUGGCUCCUUCAUAUUGUUUAGGUAGUCUGUGAAGAAUUGGGACUUUAGAUUUGUAUAGUUACUGGCAAGGGUACAAGUAAUGUUUUUUGUCCUUGUAAAUAUGUCGAUAGAGGUCAUGGCCAAAAUUGAUCUUCACUAGUUCAUGUUCAUGGCGGAACUAUUGAGUUGUAUAGAAUUUGUUCGCUAAUUUUGAUCUCCCAACAUGUAACGUCCAAAAAGUGCCAAAAAGUUACUUAUCCACUGGGAUCUGCGGUAGUGCUUUGAAUCUUUUUUAUAUUUUAUUUUUCACAUAACAUCGUGAGAAGGAUUUCUAAAAGUGGGGAAUUUAAUCAUGUCUUAAACAAUCCAAACAGAUUUUCUUACUAUAA